AUUCUUUUCUGAGAAUGCGUAUGGGAUUUAUUUAUUUCGAUACGUUCUUUUCUGUUUCGUGAUGAUAAGACAUCACAAAUAAUAUCACCAAGUUAUAUACAGGUAUUCUUGUUGUUUAGUUUCGAGUUAGUAAGAAGCAAAAGGUGAUUUUAAACUUUGAAAAUGGCUGUGUCGAAAUCAACGAACACCUACAAUCGACAAAAUUGGGAAGAUUCGGACUUUCCAAUUCUAUGCCAAACAUGCCUAGGAGACAAUCCGUAUAUUCGUAUGACGAAAGAAAAGUACGGUAAAGAGUGUAAAAUAUGCGCUCGACCAUUUACAGUCUUCCGUUGGUGCCCAGGGUCUAGGAUGCGCUUCAAGAAAACAGAAAUUUGUCAAACAUGUUCCAAAUUGAAGAAUGUUUGUCAAACUUGCCUAUUGGAUUUAGAAUAUGGAUUGCCUAUUCAAGUUAGAGAUGCUGCUCUUAAGAUACAAGACGAUCUACCUCGAAAUGAAGUGAAUAAAGAGUAUUAUAUUCAGAACUUAGAUAGUCAAAUGUCUAAAUUUGAUUCCACUCAACCAAGCAAUUCUGCUCUCAAGUCGAAGGGUGCUUCUGAUCUGUUGUUGAGGUUGGCCCGAACUGCACCUUAUUACAAGAGGAAUAGGCCACAUGUGUGUUCAUUCUGGGUAAAAGGAGAGUGUCGGAGAGGAGAGGAAUGCCCAUACCGGCAUGAAAAGCCUACUGACCCUGAUGAUCCAUUGGCUGACCAGAACAUUAAAGACAGAUACUAUGGUGUAAACGACCCAGUAGCGGAGAAGCUGAUGCGGCGCGCUGCUGCCAUGCCAGCCCUGCCGCCUCCUGAGGACAGAACUGUCACCACUUUGUAUGUGGGCAACUUGCCUGAAAACAUCUCUGAAGAGGAGCUGAGGGGACAUUUCUACCAAUAUGGAGAAAUAAGGUCGCUAACGUUAGUGCCGCGAGCACAAUGCGCCUUCGUGCAGUACACGACCCGAAGCGCCGCCGAGCACGCGGCAGAGAAGACCUUCAACCGACUGGUCAUCGGCGGCAAGCGGCUCACCAUCAAGUGGGGCAAAUCUCAAGGUCGUCAAGGUACAAACGAGAAGAACGAAGCGUUACCGGCGUUGGAGCCCGUGCCCGGCCUGCCCGGCGCUCUGCCGCCGGCGCCCGCCUUUUUGCAUCCAUUCCCACCACAGAUGCCGCCGCCGCACCGGGCCAACGACUUCUUCAACCUGCACCACUACGGGCCGGCGGCGGGCUGGGGCUGGGGCGCGCCGCCGCCGCCGCCCGGCGCGGGGCUCCCUCCUCCCGGCGCGGGGCUCCCUCCUCCCGGCGCGGGGCUCCCUCCUCCCGGCCUCCCUCCCCCCGGCCCCGGGCUCCCUCCCCCCGGCCCGCCCGCGCCCGCGCUGCACUACCCGAGCCAGGACCCGGCGCGCCUCGGCGCUCACGCCCACGCCAAUGCCCCGCAGACCUAAAUUCUAUCGCUACUAUUGUCACUUUCAUCAUUCUGAAAAACAACGUGUAUUCAUUGCGAAUAAACUUACUUUACAAAUUCGUAUGGUACAUUCGCCAUCAUAUAGGAACGGCCGAGGGUCUCACGAAACUAUUGUCCCUUUGAUUAGCAGGAAU